AACAUCUAGAUGUUACAUGCUGCUGACACUUAUGAUGAUACAGUACUAGAGAGAGAUCUAUAUAUGUGUGAAGAUUAGUUCAGGUUGUGCUAGCAAGCUGUCUUAAGCUCACCACUGAGGAUGUCUGAGAAGUUAACAGAGUCGGUACGUGGCCCGGCACUGACCCUGUACAACAGGUUUGCUGAACUGAUGCUGGUUGUUGGCCUGGAUGAGAAUACUGGACUGGUGCCUGGAAGAAAAGAUGAUAGUGAUGGUGACAGGGAUGAUUUACUCAGCAAUCUUUUUGACGAUGUCUACGAGGCUCAGGUCCUUGCAGCCAUAUCUGCCUCUAAAGCCCUGGUGUUCCAGCCCCACCUGAUGGAGGACCCGACCUACCCGCCCGCACCUGAGUCUGUGGUUGGCAUGAACAGUUUUAAGUCUUUCAGGUCACAAGCAGAAGAUUCCAUCAACGGGAGAAGUAAAAACUACACGUCCCAUCGCACUGUGUCUGUCAACCCAUCAGUCAUCAAACAACACCUGAGCAAACCUGAAGCCACUGCCAUGUCCAAGGCAGUUGUAGACCUACCGUUGUCUAAAGAUGCUAUUGAGGCCAUCACGACUUUCUGCUUUCCUGAGAAUGUUCAUGUGUUCAGGGAAAAGCCAGACAACAGCAUCCACUUCUUAGUGCUGACUGAUGUGUCAGGCAGCAAGACGUAUGCUUCAUGUCUGACCUUCUAUAAACCAUACAAGUUAACCAAGGAGUCAAAUGGAAACAUCUCUUACACCAUACAAGACACCAGCCAGAAACUGAACCACCAUCCUAACAUAUUCUAUUGCUACAUCCCUCAGUGUUGUGUGCUGGUCUCCAAAUACCCUUACUUCUACGCCAUGAAGGAAUGCUUGUCUUGCAUGAUCAGCCAUGUGGAGCGAGACCUGGAAGAAAUGUUUCAGUUUCUUAAAGACUUCACCUACACCAUGACCAUGUCACCUGUUCCCCCUGCUGGCAAUGUUGUUGUGGAAAUGACUGUGUUUAAUUUAUCCGUGUCAUUGUUCCCCACUGAGACCCCUGAGAAGCCUGUCCUUGACCUGCCCCUACACCUGACCUUCCUGUGUUUCCCUGUGGAUGAGCUGCUGAAGGUGUUUACAGCCAUCCUGUGUGAGGAGAGGCUUGUGUUUGUCAGCUUCAACUACGCUCUGCUGACCACUGUCAUGGAGAGUUUUUUGUACUACAUUCUACCAUUCAGCUGGAGGUUCACCUAUGUUCCGAUACUUAGCGCCUCCUCUCUGGAGCUGCUAGAGGCCCCAGGGACGUUCAUGAUGGGCUGUCACUCCAAACAUUUGGAUGUUGUUGAGCAGGUUGAAGGUCUAGUCGUUGCCAACAUAGAUGAAGGCACCGUUACAGUGAACGCCUCUGAGAAUAUGUCCCCCACCCAGAUCAACCCCCACUCAGAUUUCUACGUCCUCUGCGAGCCUGGAUUCAUUCCAAACCUUCCUGUAGAGCCUGCUAACCUGUUUAAGAAAAUAUGCAAGAGAUCCAAAUUUCAGAUGGAACUCUCAGAUGUUCAAAGACCAUUCUGCUAUGAUAUUGAGGAAGAAAAAGCGUUCCGCAUGAAGAAGUGUAUGCAGUUUAACACAGAAAUUAGUUUUGCUUUCUUGGAGAUGAUGGUCAAUUUGUUCAGAGGCACUUUAGCAUAUUUGAAAAUUGAACUUCGUCGCUUUAACAAGCAGCAGUUUAUUGAGAGUGUUCCUGAGUGUGAUAAACCAUUCUACGAGAGGGUUUUAAACACUGACAUGUUUAAGCAGUUUCUUGAGGACAGGCUCAAUGAGAAGUUUGACUACUGGUCAGAUUAUGAAAUCAAAACUCGUCCCUAUGCCAAGAAGAUAAUUAGUGGACAAGAUGGCUCACCUGGACUUUCUCACAGGCAGAUGAUGAAACCUACCCGCAGACAAGUCUCCAUCACAACGUUCUCCUCCCUCUCCCCUCGCACUUUUGAAGUCUUCCGGCUUCCACCUCUCAAUGAUUCUCUUUCUUACGCUAAGACCACCAUGGAUAUGCUGAACAAAAACAUUGAUGAAUGUCGUAACCUGUUCUACAAGUCUUCCUACCUGUAUCUGAGGGGAAUGUUUCACGCUGCGGAGGGAAAUGUCGUAGCUGCCUUGGACGAUCUUUUAAGUCUCCACGCCAACAAUGCAAAGCUUUUACCAAUUCACUUGGUGCGUAAACUCCUUCAGCUGGUCCCUGAGGCAGAGAGGGAGGAGAUCCUGCGCAAGAAAGGUGUGCUGCACAUGACGCACCUGGCCCAGGACCUGGAGCAUGAGAAGUCCUUCCAGCGCAGGUGUCUGGUUGACAAAAUACCUAUCCCAGACAACGACCUCAGUCUGGAAGAGUUUGUUGAGGCCAUCUCUCUACUGGAGAUGGCCAAUGACUACGACACCAUACAGAGACUUUUUCUGGCCCUGGCCCAGCCUUGGAAACCCACACAUGUAGAAAAGUACACCUUUGAGGUGCUGCGUUUGUCUUAUGAAGAGAACCAGGUCCAGUGUGAGUCCCUGUCCCUGCCUGAUGAAUGUCUACAGGCCAACGAAACUGUUCUCAGGGUGUCCAACCUCAUUAAGACAGACUUUGGCAUGGGCCGCAUUGUACUCACUGAUAAAAGGUUGUUUUUUAUCAAGGAUGUGAGUAACAGGUAUAGGGAGGUGGUCAAGCUGAGGAACAUCACUAAACUGGAGAAGUUACAGAACCAUUCUUUCCUAAUGGCAGUGGACGUUCUGGUUAUAAUAGACACAGAAAACAAAGUAAAGUUUACAGCCUGGCUGAAAGAAGAAAGAAACUGCUGGGCGGCCAUGAUUGAUGAGAUGAGGGCCGGUAAAAUUGUGGCCGAGGCAACAAAAGACUACACCGCCAUCAGCCAGGCCAUCCAGAAUGUGUUGCUGGUUGAUGCUGUCAUCAAAAGUGGCCACGAUGAGCGCACCACACACCACAGCCACAUCAACCGCGCGGCCGAGGCCCUCUGCUACUUCACAGCGUACAUGUCUGAAGGCCGUCACAACCUGCCACGCGACACCAUCACGGCCCUGCAGCACAGGGUGGACCCCAACGCUGGCCAGAGGGAGAGAAAGACUGUAGAGGUGCUGCUCUACACAGCAGGAUACUCACAGAACAACGUGCCUCCUCGACUGUGGUGUGGGAUGGGGGACGGGAAGGUCCGAGUUUUUGAUGCAACUAACUGGUCACUAGAGAGGAGCUUUGUUCAGGCCAAAAAUACUGUGUCUGCCAUGUUGGCGGUGGGUGACCUCACAGUGUGGGUGGGGUCGUAUGGCAUCUACAUCAUUGACACAGAGACCAUCAGGAGCAACAAAACCCUGACGGAGCACAGUGACUUAGUUUCUGACAUGGUGCUCAGUGCUGAUAAAAGAAAUGUCUACAGUUCCAGUGUGGAUGGAACCAUCAUCAAAUGGGAGGUUCAGACCCUGAGGAAGCUGAUACAGAUGCGGGUCACAGAGAGCAAGAGCCUGAGGUUCAUCAGGCUGUACGAUGAUAAGCUGUGGUGUGGGACUUGGCAGAAGAUUAUUGCCCUUGACACCCAAGGGACACAACUACAGGUGUUUUCUUAUGCCGAGCCUGAAACUGGCAAGCUGCAAGAGCUAGACUGUUUUGAGAUAUUUAACGAUGAGAUCUGGGCGGGCUGUAGACGCACUGGUCAAGUGGUCAUCUGGGAUGAGAAGACCACGAAGAUGAAGCAAGUUCUCAAACCAGAGUGUCGAGGCAUCAGCUGUAUCCUGCUCUUUGGGGAAAAGGUGUGGGUAGCCACUAAAGAUGGCACCAUCUACAUCUACCACUCCUCCAGCAAGCAGCAAUGGAAGACCAUCAAGGCCCACGAGGAUGCCAUUAGAUCACUUUGUGCAGCCGAGUCUCGAUACAUUAUGUCUGGUGCAGGAUCUAAAGAUGGUAAAGUUGCCAUCUGGAGCCCAAACUCUGACAUCAGUGAAGUUGAUGCUGGGCUCUGUGCCCCUUAGUGCCCUUCAUGCCCUGCAGUGCUGCCUGAUUCCUUUCAUGCCCCAUCAUGCCCUGUUUGUGUCUUGAUACCUUUUCAUUCCCCAUGAUGCCCUCCUUGUCACAA